CUUUUCGUUGACGUUUCCACGAUUUUUGCACCAUAGAAGAACAACGAUGCAGCGAGACAAGACCGGAAGUUCGGCGGUGUCUGGCGAUAAACCGGACCGGGAGACCGCCAUCAUGUCCAAGUAUUGCGAUGGCGUCGAGUUUCCUUUUUGCGACGAGUUUUCUAAGUACGAGAAGCUCGCCAAGAUUGGCCAAGGCACCUUCGGGGAGGUGUUCAAGGCCAAACACAGACAGACUGGCAAGAAAGUAGCGCUGAAGAAAGUGCUUAUGGAGAACGAGAAAGAAGGGUUUCCCAUCACAGCACUGAGGGAGAUCAAGAUCCUCCAGCUGCUGAAGCACGAGAACAUUGUAAAUCUGAUUGAGAUCUGUCGAACAAAAACCACCCAGUUUAACCAUUACAAGGGCAGCAUAUACCUGGUGUUUGAUUUCUGCGAGCACGAUCUGGCCGGCCUGCUAAGCAAUGCCAACGUUAAGUUCAAGCUGUCGGAGAUUAAGAAGGUCAUGCAAAUGCUGUUGAACGGACUCUACUGCAUCCACAGAAACAAGAUUUUGCACAGAGACAUGAAGGCAGCAAACGUGCUCAUCACAAGGGAUGGUGUGCUGAAACUUGCUGAUUUUGGUCUGGCGAGAGCUUUCAGUCUGGCAAAAAACAGCCAGGGCAAUCGCUACACCAACAGAGUAGUGACACUGUGGUACCGACCUCCAGAGCUCCUGCUGGGAGAGCGUGAUUACGGGCCACCCAUUGAUCUGUGGGGUGCAGGGUGUAUCAUGGCUGAAAUGUGGACCAGGAGCCCCAUCAUGCAGGGAAACACAGAACAGCACCAGCUCAGUCUGAUCAGCCAGCUGUGUGGAUCCAUUACAGCUGAGGUGUGGCCUGGCGUGGAUAAAAAAUACGAGUUGUACCAGAAGAUAGAGUUGCCUAAAGGACAGAAGCGAAAGGUAAAAGAGCGUCUGAAGGCGUAUGUUAAAGACCCAUAUGCUCUGGAUCUGAUUGAUAAGCUGCUGGUGCUGGAUCCAGCGCAGCGUGUGGACAGUGACGAUGCUCUCAACCACGACUUCUUCUGGUCUGACCCUAUGCCCUCUGACCUCAAACAUAUGCUCUCCACACACAAUACAUCCAUGUUUGAAUACCUGGCCCCUCCACGGCGCCGUGGUCACAUGCCCCAGCAGCCAGCCAAUCAGAACCGCAACCCAGCUACAGCCAGCCAAUCUGAGUUUGAUCGUGUUUUCUGAUUUCUCUGAUGUCAGACCUUUUUUUUAUUUUUUAUUUUUUUUAUUUCUCACUCAUCAUUUAGAAAGGGGAACAAGAUUUAUGAGCUCAAAUUGAGAUGAGCAAAGUGAGCUAAAUGGGACUGUCUAAGUGUUGUUAAACAAUGACCAGCUAUGUUGGUUUCACUUCUCAUCUAGUCUGAUUUGUCUCUAGAUGGAAUUCUCUGAAUUAUGUCUUUAAUCAUACAGAUGGAUUCUGUGGCCUUGGGGUCAGAAAUCAACUGGGAGAUCUCUGGACACCUGUCAUUUAUCUACAUAUUCAUUUUGCAACAUUUUGGACGACUGUAGUUUGAAACACAGCUCGGAGGUCCGGUUUGCUGUGUCUGUUUUAGCUGAAAUGGGACCAGCAGUUUGUUGGGAAUGAGGUUCAUAUUACAUUAGAAAAGAUGAAAAAGUCAUUAUGAUUAUACAGUGUCUGUUUUUGAGAUUGUAUGUCUGUCUUGCAGAAUUUCAGUUCAAGUCUCUUAAGGGAAAUUUGGACAUGGAGCUAUCAAUAUCCAACCACAGAGAUGUGGGGGUCUUUUUGCACCCAAUCAGAUACAAAGUGUAAAUGAGCACCAAGCUGAUAUUUCCGGAUGUCAGGAAGGUCAAGACCACCCUCUGAGGAGGAGAGGGGUAAUGUAGCCAAUUUGAGGUGCAGCCUCUUCUUGGCCCAUAUGAAGGAGCUAAACUAGUUAUUCAAAUUGUUGAUAGUUUUAUGCGAAAAGAGAACUGGGAUCGUUUGAAUUGGAUAUAAUGACCUAGGAAGGAUGUUCAUUUUCAACAGAGUAACAUGACCCACUCAAGAGAUCAGAAGGACAUUCCAUCUCUCCAUAUCCAAUCUAAUGUGUUCAAACAGGGGAAUGAAAUUUAAUUUGUAUAGCCGGGGUUGUGAAUAUUCCCAGAUAUAUGAACCCUGUAGGAGACCAUUUAAAAGGGAAGAGAGAUGGAAGAUUAGGAUUUUGUUUUAGUAGCAUGCAAUAUCUCUUUCUUAGACAUAGGCGCAUUGAGGGUAGAUUUCUGAUCAUUUGAUAGGCUGAGUGAAGAGAGAGAAUUCUUUGUUAACUCCAGGGUGUCACCUUGCAACUCUGAUUUAUACAAAUUUUCACAAAAGUUCCGAAAUGUGUUGUUAAUAGUUGUAGUGUCAAAUGACUGAAUACCAUGACAAUCUGUAAUUGAAGAAAUAGUAUGGGAAUCAGCCUUUUUCUUUGUUAGAUAAGCCAAGUAUUUACCUACUUUAUCACCAUGUUCAUACAUUUUGUGUUUGGCGACACUAAUUUUACCUUCUGCAUGUUUUGUUAAGAUGGAGUCUAGUGAGGACCGGAGUGCUGAAAUUUCUUUAAGCUUUUUUGGAGAUGGAUUCUUAGCAAGGGUGGUGUAGUGGUUAGCACUGUUGCCUUGCAGCAAGAAGGUUCUGAGUUCAAGCCCAGCGGCCAGUGGGGGGCCUUUUCCCCCCAUAUCUGUGUGGGUUUCUGCCGGGUGCUCUGGUUUCCCCCACAGUCCAAAGACAUGCAGGUUAAGCUAAUUGGUGGCUCUAAAUUGACUGAGUGUGAAUGAUUGUCUCUCUGUGUCAGCCCUGCAAUGUCCUGGUGACUUGUCCAAGGUGUACCCUGCCUCUUGCCCAUAGUCAGCUGGGAUAGGCUCCAGCUUGCCUACGACCCUGCACAGGAUAAGUGGUGAUGGAUGGAUUCUUCAAGUCUUUCUCUGUAAGUUUAAAGGAGAUACGCAGAGCCUUUAUUUUUAAAUAAAUUUCUGAGUGAAUGGUAUCUCCAUCCUUGACUCUUGUAUGCUGCAUAAAUGGGAAUAAAAAAAUAUUUUUGAGAGUUAAAAUCGACUGCAAAGUUGGCAUUUGAGCUGCCCCACUGAGCUAGCCAUCCCCAGGUGUUAUAACUUAGGCAACAUAGAUGUACAUGUCUGCAUUUUCACUGAUAAAACAUAAAAGGCUCAUUAAAUCAUCAGAUGAACGGAGAUAAUGACAUUCUGAAGCGAAUUAAAUAUUAUACCAGUGACUUAAAUACACAAUACAAGUUAUAUGUAUUAAUCUAAAUGCAGGUAAGCAACUUUUUUUUUUAAUCCAAAUGAGAGUCGGUGUCUCCUCACAGCAAGAAGGUCCUGGGUUCGAGCCCCGUAGCCGGCGAGGGCCUUUCUGUGCGGAGUUUGCAUGUUCUCCCCGUGUCCGCGUGGGUUUCCUCCGGGUGCUCCGGUUUCCCCCACAGUCCAAAGACAUGCAGGUUAGGUUAACUGGUGACUCUAAAUUGACCGUAGGUGUGAAUGUGAGUGUGAAUGGUUGUCUGUGUCUGUGUCAGCCCUGUGAUGACCUGGCGACUUGUCCAGGGUGUACCCCGCCUUUCGCCCGUAGUCAGCUGGGAUAGGCUCCAGCUUGCCUGCGACCCUGUAGAACAGGAUAAAGCGGCUAGAGAUAAUGAGAUGAGAUGAGAGUCGGAGCUUACCCAUCUGUGUUCUUGCUUCUCAAAGGCCGAUUGUUUUUGAAACAAUCUGACUUUCAGUCAUUUGUUCAGUUCUCCGUUCAUUCACUUCUUCCACGUAAGGGUGCGAUGGCAGCAAUAUCCAGUUUAGAAAUAAGACAGCUGCUCCACUCAUUCACUUUUCUUCAUACUGUUUAUU